AUGUCGGACUUCAAGGGCCUAUUCCAGACGGUGGCAGUGUUCGUCGCGUUUAUACUCACCCUCCUAUGUCUCUUCUCAGGGACGCAGAGGAACUUCCUCGACGAUGUGGAUAUCUUAACGCUCUACACACCAGACAGCACCGGCAGUGGAGUGCGCGAUUUAUAUUCCGUCCACGUCAUGUCCUACUGCCAGGGAACACUGGUGACCAUCGACCCAGGCACAGAAGUCACGCGCAACGUGACCGAAUGCUCGAACCGCGCGAUUUCAUCCUCAUUUGACCCGACACAAGCCUGGCCGAAGGAGCUCACCUCCAGUCCGGAUAUGAGGUGGCAGCGCGUGAUCAGCGACGACUUCCACGCGUUCAGAAUGACAUGCCAAGUCAUGGCGGUGAUGUACUGUAUCGGCAUUGGCGCGAUGGGCGCUGCGAUGCUUGUACGAGUAUGGACGACUCUCGCUCCGCGCGCAUGCCAGGGCCCGCUUGAAUUUUGGUUUUUCAUGGUCGGGUCUUUUACCGUCAGCGUCGCAUCCAUAAUCGCAACGGUCAUCGCCUUUGAAUUCGUCGCUCUGAUUAAUGCCCACGGCAGGGGCUCGAACGUGACAGCCCAUUAUGGCGAGAAAUUCCUUGGGAUGACUUGGGCCGCGGUGGGGCUGUUACUCGCCGGUAGCGUUGCUUGCUUUGUGAAUGUGUAUGUUAACAAACGGGCUGGAUAUGCGCCUGCGGCCGUCUCAAAAGAUAUAGAGGGGUAA